AUGCUGGGUUUCAGGGAGAAGAGAAAGCUAAAUGGUCUUGAUCCCAGUAUACGUGUUGAUUAUGAUGCAUCACAUAAUUUUAUAUCUAAAGAUUCUGUUAAAUGUCAUGAUUUACAAGCAGAUACAGUUGGACGUAUGUCUAUUAGUGUAGCUAAUGGUAUUAAAUCAUAUACGGAUAAAGUGUUGAUACGUUUUAGUUUACAAUUGGAUGAUUUUAAUAAUAAAUUAGUAUCGGCAUAUGUAUUGGAUGUUUCCAAGCAGAUCCGUUCAUUUAUAGAAAAUAUCAUACAUUUUUAUAUGUACUAUUUUCCUGAUAGAAGUGAUAAAUUUGGUUGUAAUUCUGGCGAAAAGCAUCCUAUAGAAGAAUGUUUAAUUGUUACGACAGGUCGACAUUUGUGCUUUUUUUGA